CUAGCAUACCACAUCCUCCACUUCCGGCACUUGGCAUACCACUCUCUCCACUUCCGACACCUGACAUACCACUUCCUCCACUUCCGACAUCUACCAUACCACUUCCUCCACUUCCGGCGUCUAGCAUACCACUUCCUCCACUUCCGGCGUCUAGCAUGCCACUUCCGACAUCUACCAUACCACUUCCUCCACUUCCGGCAUCUACAAUACCAUUUUCUCCACUUCCAGCAUCUAGCAUGCCACUUUCUCCACUUCCAACAUCUACCAUACCACUUCCUCCACUUCCGGCGUCUAGCAUACCAUUUCCUCCACUUCUGGCGUUUAGCAUGCCACUUCCUUCCCUUCCAACAUAUACCAUACCACUUCCUACACCUCCGGCAUCUACAAUACCAUUUUCUCCACUUCCAGCAUCUAGCAUACCAUUUUCUCCACUUCCGACAUCUACCAUACCACUUCCUCCACUUCCGGCAUCUACAAUACCAUUUUCUCCACUUCCAGCAUCUAGCAUGCCACUUUCUCCACUUCCAACAUCUACCAUACCACUUCCUCCACUUCCGGCGUCUAGCAUACCAUUUCCUCCACUUCCGGCGUUUAGCAUGCCACUUCCUUCCCUUCCAACAUAUACCAUACCACUUCCUACACCUCCGGCAUCUACAAUACCAU